ACAAAUUUUUCUGUUCUUCCCUUUUCUGUUUUGUUGCUAUCUUUGAUUUUUUGGCUGAAAAUAUCAAUUAAUUAUUCUCUUUGUUGCUGAAAAUAAUCACAUUGAGGGAAGAUCACUAAUAUGGGCACAUGGGUAUUCAUAAAAACAUGAACUUUAUCAAUGAUUGAAGCCAAAAUUGGGAAUUUUUGCUAUUUUGUUAAUAAUUAUAUAAUUGGGAUCAAACAGAAUUAAAGGGGUUAUGCAAAAAAUUGGCAACUGAAAUUAAAAUGGACUUUGAAAUAAGAACUAGUGGCGCGAAUAACUAACAAUGAUGUAAAGGAAUCUAUGCAUGGGGUUUUUUGAGAUAUAUCUAUGAUGAAUGCAUUUGUGUUUGUUAUGCACACAAACAGAGUCAAAGGUUGUUGGGUAUGAAGUAUGAAGAGGGGUUUGGCACAAAGAGAAAGACCUAUUCAUUAGCUAAUUUUGCAUCUCUAGCCGAUGAGUCUAGCAUAGCUAAUUUUACAUUAUUGCUGGUGUGAAACAUGAUACUGCAUUUACCCCACAAACCAAAAAGGAGAUCAAUGUAUGUGACGCUUUCUCAUGUUACUUUUAGGUUUUGUUUUCUAUCUGGUUGGAUCAUUUUCUAAUAGUGUUAUGUUGUAUUCAUUAUAAUGCAUUUGCUAUUUUGUCCCUGGUUUCGUAUUUGAGUACUGGUGUUCUUCUAUUUAUAUGAAUCUAUAUGUGGCACCGGCUUGAUGACCUUCAACCAGCAAGUGAUGAAGUGAUAUGUCGUGGAAUCACUGGCCCCAAGCUUUAUAUGGUAUCCCCUUUUUUGGCAUCCUUGAAAUCAUGGACACAUCCACCUCCUUUGGCUCCAAGGCCUGAUUUGCCACUUAAAGGAAUUUGCGUGUGGAAAGCAAAGCACAGUUCUACAGGGAGUAGCCCAUCAUUCAUGGAUAGCCAGCCCACAAAGUCUGAAAAUGAAUUUCAAAAUCUUGAUAUAGGGCCUGGCAGGAGCUUCAGGAAUUUUAAAUUUAAUACUGCAUUGAUCUUACAAGCCAUGGAAACAGCAUUUUCUUCUUGAAGGUCCAGCAACAUUCCUGUGAAGUCCCUCCCUGUAAUUGAAUUGGAUGGCACCAUUUUCACUCUUAUGUCAGAGGUCGGUAGUGAUCAAAUUAGGUAGUUGUACAUGAUGUUUCUCAGAUUAUAUCAGAUUGAGUAAUUUGUACAUUGUGUACAUGAAUCGUUUGUGGGCCUAAACAGUAUUCUCAAUAUAAAGGUUUAUAUUCUCCGAUUUUUAAUCAA